GUAGGUUCACGUCACUCCCUCUCUCGUCGGGCUUGCCUCCGUGCGUGACACCGGCGCACCAUAUGCCUCUCAAAACAAGACACAGUGAAGCAACGCAAAGUAUUGAAUAAGUAGCAAGAUAACAUAGCUAACGGACAUCAAGCCAGCUGCAUUAUUCACAGUCAAGCUAGCUAGCUAUCUUAGCUAACUGUGCCAUGGACCCGCGAGACACAGCACCGGAUUCGUGGGAGCAGGAGGAGGAUGUUAAGGCCCGAGCUGCCGCGGGGCUCCAGUCCGCUCUCGCCGCUCUCAGCGUCAAUGCCAAGCCAUUUAUCCCGAAUGUCGACGCCGCGGUGUUUGUGCCGACUUUCCUUCAAAGUAGCCCUACGGAAAUCUCCAAUUCCGAUGGUCACGUAGGUGCUGAGCCAGUUGCCAGCAUGGAGGUUUUAGAAACAGUUGCUCCGGUGGAGAACGGAGGAGGGACAGAAGCAGACAUGGCGGUGGAGGUGGAGACGUGGGAGCAGAAAGAGGAGCCCGGGGAAGGAGAACCAGGAGGAGGAGGAGACCUGGGAGGAGAGGGAGGUUCCAGUGAAGAGGCACAGGGAAGGGAGGAAGUAGAGAUGAUGGAGGAGGAAGAAGAGGAGGAGUUGCCCGUGCUAAAAGUAAUCCCGCUCCCACCAAAUGCCCCGAAGAAGGAGCAUGUCAAUGUGGUGUUCAUCGGUCAUGUGGAUGCUGGUAAAUCAACAAUUGGGGGACAGAUCAUGUAUUUGACAGGUAUGGUGGAGAAAAGAACCCUGGAGAAAUAUGAAAGAGAAGCAAAAGAAAAAAACAGAGAAACAUGGUACCUGUCCUGGGCCCUGGACACUAACCAGGAGGAGAGAGACAAGGGGAAGACGGUGGAGGUGGGGAGAGCCUACUUUGAGACAGAGAAAAAGCACUUUACUAUCCUGGAUGCCCCCGGCCACAAAAGCUUUGUCCCCAACAUGAUUGGUGGUGCAUCACAGGCUGACUUGGCAGUGCUGGUGAUCUCGGCCAGAAAAGGAGAGUUUGAGACAGGCUUUGAGAAGGGAGGCCAGACGCGGGAGCACGCCAUGCUAGCCAAGACGGCUGGAGUCAAGCACCUCAUCAUCCUCGUCAACAAGAUGGAUGACCCCACCGUCAACUGGAGCUUGGAAAGGUAUGAGGAAUGUAAAGAGAAAUUAGUGCCAUUUCUGAAGAAGGUGGGCUUCAACCCAAAGAAGGACAUCUACUUCAUGCCUUGCUCUGGGCUAACGGGAGCCAACUUAAAGGACCCCAUAGAGGAGUGCACGUGGUACACGGGGUUGCCAUUCAUCCCACACCUAGACAGCCUGCCAAGCUUCAACAGAAUCAUAGACGGCCCCGUCAGAUUACCCAUCGUAGACAAAUACAAGGAUAUGGGCACGGUGAUCCUGGGGAAGCUGGAGUCUGGCUCCAUUGCCAAAGCCCAGCAGCUGGUCAUGAUGCCUAACAGGCACACAGUGGAGGUGCUGAGCCUGCUGUCUGAUGAGGUGGAGACAGAUGAAGCUGUUCCUGGGGAGAACCUGAAGCUAAGGCUGAAGGGCAUCGAGGAAGAGGAGAUUCUGCCUGGCUUCAUCCUCUGUAACGCUGAGAACCUCUGCCACUCUGGACGCACCUUUGAUGCCCAGAUCGUCAUCAUUGAGCAUAAAUCCAUAAUCUGCCCAGGUUACAACGCAGUCCUACACAUCCACACCUGUAUUGAAGAAGUACAAAUCACAGCCUUAAUUUGUCUAGUGGACAAGAAGACAGGUGAGAAGAGCAAGACACGACCUCGCUUUGUCAAACAGGACCAGGUGUGCAUCGCCCGACUUCGGUGUGCCGGAACCAUCUGCCUGGAGACCUUCAAAGACUUCCCACAGAUGGGGAGGUUCACCCUACGAGAUGAAGGCAAAACCAUUGCUAUUGGCAAAGUGCUGAAGCUGGUACCAGAGAAGGACUAAUGUGAACCAGCAUGGAAUCCUGGGACAGUUGUCAUGACAGAGGAAGCUGCUGACGCCGACUUAGCCAGCCACCCCCUCUUACAUACCACUCUCUCCUGAAGAGUAUGAGGAAGAGAAGGAGGAGGAGAACAAAUCAAGUUUGAAAAUAAAGAAGAAACUGUAAAAAGUGACUGAAUCAGUUUUUAUGAUGAACAAUAUUAAAGAAAGACAAGUCCAGUGUGUCAGCUUUCUCAUAUUGAGAGCUCAGCUAUGCCACUAAUGUAGCCGCUACCCUUUCCUAAGCCAACCUCACUCUGCGCUGGUCCACUUUUUGUUUUGGAAAUGGGAAUGUAUGCAGUGUUACUUUGUUUGGAAAGGAAGGGACUGGCGUUGCAUCCGGUUGCAUCACUUUGGAUCAGAGUUAGCUAGUUAUACCCAUUCAAAUCCAAAAUAUUAUACCAAAAUGUUAAUAUUUUGGUUGUAGACAUCCCCAUACCAAAUCCUAUCUGGUAUGUUCACACACACAAUCAAACAAACAUGGUUCCUGUUGUGAUCAUGUGUUGUCACGUUACCAACAACAAUGAAAAUAAAGUAUCAAACUGAGGAAUAAAAGUAAAAGCUCUGUUUAUUCUCAA